AUUCCUUAUUCCUUCACCAAACCCAUGCUUAUCAGUUACAAAAUCCCGCAUCUAAUGCACGCGUCUUUAUUGACCAUUGCUACGUAAAUUCCUUCUUGAUAAUAUAAGCACUAUCACAAAAUUUCAUCAUAAUUUCUUAUCAAUAUUAUACCUACGUCAUUCCUAUUUCUUUCACGACUUAAAGUUGUGUGUGUUUCACUCGGCAAGGCCAUCGUUUAGUUAUCCGGUGUUGCUGAGAGUGCUCGGUCGCUUUGCAUUUAAAACAAAAAACGUCCGAACUUAUUUCAGUUUUUUUUUCUUAGUGUUUAAGCCCGAUAACCUUGGUGUAGGAAGGCCGCGAGUUUUUCAUAAUUAGUGUGUAAUCUAUUCGGCCAAGAUGUUGAAAAGUGCCUCGAAGGUGACAAUAAACACUGGUAACGUGUUAAACUUAAUUGAUAUCAAGAAAAAGGCUGGGCAAAAUGUAACAGAGGAGCUCUCAGAAAGCAUCAAGCUAACCCUCUCAGAAUGGGGCUCCCAAAACGGCGUCAAGCUCCAAAACGGCACAGAAGACCCGGACGCCUCUCACGACUCCGACUACGCGGUCCAAUCCUCCGUAGUCACCGGCACCAGCUCCGAAGUCGUAGUCAACAUCACCAGGCCGCACGACGAUGUGCAGAUGAAGAUGGCUGAAGAGGAAAGAAAGAAUCUGAAGAUUGGUGUGAAGAUAUUUAUUAAUGAGGAUAGUACGGCAGCGCUUGGUGAAUGUUUGGAGAAUGUGUUCACGGCGCUACACAUAACAGUGAUAGACAACGUGAUACUAGCAUAUAACCCGGACACACCUCCUAAAGAGCAGACCGAGCCCAUGACAGCAUAUUCCAACAAGGCGUCGCCUAUAUCGCUGAGCAAUAACGUUGGAGCAAAAAUCCCAUCGGAGACCGAUGCAGACAGCGAAGCCGACGCUCGCAAGUGUGAAGCCAUACUUCCAGGGAUCAAGGUGUUAUGGGGCGUGCUAGAAGACUAUGUCAAAAACGGGCGAGUGAACCUGCUCGGCGUAGCCGACGUGGGCGGCGGCUGCCUGUACAAGCUGCACGCGUGGGCCAAGGUGAAGCCGACCAUCGCACAAAUAAACCUCGCCUCCUGCUGCGUGGUGCCGCCUUGUCUGCACGCCUUCUGUCGCAACAAUGACGUGCAGUUGCUGACACAUGCUGACCCCCCAGAUCUCCUCUCGCUAGCUGCCGUGAAGACGCUGUCAGAAGCCGGCGUGGGCUGCGACAACCUGGACUGGUGCGCGCGCUACCAGGUGCAUAUCAAGUGUCGGGGCGUGCUCGCCUUGAAGGGCUACGUGUGUAAGGCCACGCUGGACAAGAAGGUCAAAUAGGUUAUAUUAUUUUAAAAUAACAAUUACACGAUAUUGACUGAAGUGAUAAAAAAAAUAGACAAAAGUAUACUGAGACGCGUGAAAUGUAAAAUAUUGUAACUGUAAAUUUGAUAGCUGAUGAAUAAUGUCGCCGGUAAAAUGAUACUUAAGGAAAAAAUGGGGUUACUUUAAUAGUUUUACAAUGCAAUAAUCUGUUUUUACUAAAAAAAAAUCAUUUAACUACAUAGUAAAAUUAUUAGUGACUUAAUUUUUACCUGCACCCAAAAAUGCUGCGUUUUUUUAUUAUUAAAGGCUUAAACCCUGCAAUUUCAAAGUCACUCCUGCAUUUUAAACCCGGGGUGGGUUUACGGCACCAGUAAAAGACGAGGGCCCAAUGAUGGAACUGUGCGUUUAUUUGGCUAUUAUUUGUAAUAUUAUGACCCUAUGAUAGAUUAAUUAAAAAUGAAGUGUCCAUCACUGGUGCUUAUAAACUUAGUGUCCAAUAUUGGUGCCGUUACCUUAGAUAGUAUAUAGGGUAUAUUAUGCGGUAACUAUGUUGUUGCGCUCUACUUUGAUAAAGAUACCCCAUUUACCACAAAACAUAUUGCACUGUACGGCUGAUAAAUUUGGGAAUGUAUACAAUAUUUACUUUACUUUUACGUGUCUUUGUCUAUGACUAAAACAAAAGCAAUGCAAUAUAGCUAAGAAAACGGCCGGUUAUAUAUGUAGGAAUUGGACUUUUUUUGGACCUACUGUAUCAAAAAACAAUUUGCAUGGAAGUAAAUGCCCACUUCUAAUACGAAUCCAUUUCCGAUAUAAACGGAGAACGGAGAUAAUCCUUAAACAAACGUAUAAUCAUUAAAUUGUAUGUUGUUAGUAUUGGUAUGGAAUAGUAUAGUCAUGUAACGUUAAUGCCCCAGUGCUGGACACUGUCCCAAUAAUGGACACCUACAAUCUUAAUUCCAAGUUUGUUCCACAACCCUGUUUUUUAUCUAAUUUCAAGAUGAAGUAAACUAAAAAUGCAACUUAUAUUAAACUGAACGUAAAUCACUUUUACGUGAUGUAUCGAAUUUUAAAUCGUUUUCUCGUUUUGAUUUUAAAUGUACGAAUCUACUAUCAACUUCUUAGUUGGUCAACGAUUUAAAUUAUUUCAUUUUAUUCAUAAAAUUGCCAUUAUUUAGGUAUAGUCAGCAUCAAAAGUAUCAGCAUCAGACUAAUACUAAAUAACUUAUAAAAAGAGAUGUCUACACAUGUAGAACAAUUAGACGAAAGAUACUUUUGGACGCGAACUGUAGA